CUCAUCUGCUGAGAAAACGCUGUUUUUAAAGGGAAACCAAGGUUGUUGAGGUCCGUGGUGGGCUUAGCAGGUGGAAGGUUGUGGCUGGUUGCAGGGCUCCUGGAGCAGAAGAGCUGUGCCAUUCCCCCUUUUGUCCUCUCAUGCCCCCCCCCUCCCCGUGUGUUUCCCUGUGUGUUAGUGACCCCACACCCCCACCCACCCCCCACCUGAUCCCUCCCGUCGUGUCGCCGCUCCAGCCCGAAGCCCCCCUCUCACCCCAUGCUUGGGACAAAGCCAGCUCACUGCCAGCCCAAUGACUGCCUGGAUCGUCCUGCCUGUCAGCCUGUCUGCCUUCUCCAUCACAGGAAUAUGGAUAGUAUACGCCAUGGCUGUAAUGAAUCACCAUGUUUGUCCUGUGGAGAACUGGUCUUACAACGUAACGUGCACAGAGGAGCUGCCCCGACCAGGCUUCCCGAAGACAUGCUGCACCAUCCAGGACAUCCCCCUCAUCAGUAAAUGUGGUUCUUACCCUCCUGAAAGCUGCCUGUUCAGCCUGAUCGGCAACGUCGGAGCCUUCAUGGUGGUGAUGGUGUGCCUUUUGCGCUACGCCCAGGUGAUAGAACACAGCCACCGAUGUUGGGUCAACACCAGCGCUCUGGUGUCCGGCUGCACCAACGCUGUGGGUCUGGUCAUGGUGGGCAACUUCCAGGUCGAUCACGCCAAAUCUCUUCACUACGUGGGUGCCGGUGUGGCGUUUCCAGCAGGGCUGCUGUUUGUGUGCCUGCAGUGUGUGCUCACCUACCGGGUGGCAGUGACAGCCCUUGACUACUGGAUGGCCCAUUUCCGAGUCGCUCUGGCACUGGGAGCUAUGGUCUCCCUUGUCCUCAGCGGCAUCUUCUUCAUCCACGAGAGCUUCGUCCUGCAGCACGCUGCAGCCAUCUGCGAGUGGGUCUUCACAGUGGACAUCCUAGUCUUCUACGGCACCUUCACUUACGAGUUUGGCACCGUCACCAGCGAGACCAUGAUGGCAGGCCUGCAGCAGAGUCACCACCACGGCUCAGGGGUUAUCAUGGGCCCCAGGGCUCGGGGCUCGACACUGGGUGGGGCAACCAAGGGCCUCAAGUCCCCGGGGGGAAGCAGCACAUCCACACAUCUCAAUUGUACCCCGGAGAGCAUAGCAAUGUUGUAGCUCUGCAUCGCAGCUCAAAGGUCUGAAAAGGCACCGCGGAGGAGCUUCACGGGCUUCCACAGAGAUGGGAAGAUGACAGAGGUAGCAUGUGAAGGAGGAGAGGAAGUUUGGAUAUCUUUUAAGAAUUUAACUGACACCAGGUUAUCCCAUCUUUAACACUUAUAUCUUUUUUUUUUUCUUUUUUUUUUCUCCAACAUUGGUGCAAGCCGGCUUGUUCGGUGAGCAACUGCAGUCAAAUGUUACGUUUUCUCUAGUGAUACUGAGAAGAGGGCUGAAUGUGUGGAGCCAGUUUGACUACUGGAACCAUGAAUGUUUCCAAGAUGGCUGUUGAUUGGGCAAAUCUUCACUUAAGUAGGUCUUUUUCUGAACGGGUCUUCUUUUGUUGGCCACAACUGUGCAUCACUGGUGUCUUGGUUGAAAGAGGAGGUUCCUUUAAAGCCACAAAGUUUCACCCCCCUCCCCCCUCCCCCAGACACUCCUUCAUGAAUUAUCCAGUGCUUUGCGUGGCCCACCUGUUUUGGCCUUUUUGCUUAUCUCUGCACGGCACACUUUUUGAAUGAGAGAAUACUAAUUUAUGUUUGAGUUUUAAGUUUGCGUAGUAAGUAGAAAACACUGAAUGUUUGAGAAGUGACUAGUUAACGUUAUGUAUGUUUUACAGGCUGUGAGAACACGGCCUUUUUAAUCAAGCUUAACUAAUCUUUCAAAUGAUUGGCAAAAAUCAAGAAUUUCACCCGACAGUUGAAUCUGGUUGCACAGUUUCUGUGUGAUAGCUGCACUCAAACGUGAUUUGAAUGCACAUUUUGAUGGUAUUAUUUCAGAUUGUUUUACACAGCAUGUAUAUCUUUAUCUUGAGCGGCUAUUAUUCUUGAGGUCAUGAUCCAUUUCACUGAUGGCUGCAUAAACAGUACGGAUGUGUUCUGCUGUGACGACUAGGACUGUGUGCAUCUCAAUCAUUCUUAACUGAGAAGUCCUCUCCCUUUGAUGUCAUUCCAUUAUCGUCCCACGAGUUGCAGGAUUUCUUUAACAUUUACAUUUCAAGCUACCUUUUCACCGUCAUGUUCGGUGCAAUAAUCGCCAUCAAUCAUCUGAUCAUUUAUGCUCCACUGGAGUGAAUAAUGCCUUUUUUUUCACUGUGUUGGUGUUCGCCCGGGAGUUUGAACACUUUUUUUUUUUUGUGAGUGACACCAAGACAUUUUAAGUGACCUAUGUCCUAUAGUAAAACAAGUGGGUGUGUGAAGGUAAAACUACAAUCCCACUAACACGUUUACAGGUUAACAUAGUUCCUGUCCGCACACUGAUUUGAUUUGAUUCCAGGCUGGACCUUUGGAAGCCUUAUUUGAGUUUUGAGAAUGAGUUUUCUGUUCAUGUGAAGUAGUGGGAAGCCUUCUCGGUAAGUUACGGGAGGACUUUUUACUCACAGCGGUUGACUGAGAGGUGCAAAGUGAACAUGAUGCUCUUAGACCUCGUGCCAUAAACCUUACAAUGUCACAAUGGUGUCCAGGCAGUGUUACAACCAGACAAUAUCAUAUAGGUUGUAGACUUUGUGAAAGUGUGUCAUAUAUUGAAGAUAUUUGUAUGAUUUCAUGUUGCCAAUUUCUCUUUAAGUGAUGAUUACAGACUGCCACAAACUAAAGCCGAUUAACGCCACCAUGUUUAGGUUACACUCGGAUUAAGUUUUUUUUUUUGUUUUAGUGAGCGAGCUGUUUGUCUGUGAGCUGUUUGAGAAGUAUGUUUCAUAACCACUAACACACAGAUACACACAGUAUUCUGCCCUCUCGCGUAGUGUCGAUGCAUUUUAACCUGUCUAACCACUGGAUGCCAGCAAUACACAUUUCUAAAAGGUCACCUCACCUACCUCUUUUAUCUUUUGUGGGUUUGAUGCUGUUUCAAAGCGAAAUCAAGAGUUCAAACAUGUUUUCCAUCUCAAGUAAAGGUCUGAAGAGGUUGGUUUCUUCACUCGUCAUGCAAAUAAUUAAUGUCUCAGUCUUUCUGGACUGCAGGACCCUGACAGAUACAGCUGUGUUUAAGUUUGUUUUUUUGUUUUGAUCUGCACCUGUUGCCAAAAAAAAAGACUGGAAUCCACUGAUUGGUUUUCUGUUUCAACAGUAUGUGUAUGAAUUUGUAUGAGUGCACUGUUUUAGCCUUAUCCCUCAUACUGUGCCAGGGGAACAUUUUCAUUUUUAUCAGGUUUGUUUUGUUUGUGUGUGUUCAGCUGUAGCCUACUUCACCAUACUGUAACCAAAGUCACAAGAGGUGACUUCAAAUGGCAGCUUGUAUGAGCCCUCACAUCAGGGUUGGAUUUAUUCUGUAACAGCAUCUAUACCAUCUUCCACAUGCCAAAAUUUAAAGGUGGAUUUUACAACCUUUUUUCUUUUUCUUCUUUUCUUUUUCUGUUAAAAUGCGCACAUCAGUAAAUGGCUAUAGUACGUUUGUUUGUGGGAGACUCGUAUAUUAAAAAGACUGCCUGAUCUGUACGUCUUGAACUCUAGCCACAGCAACACAGAAACAAAUGUCUAUAAAAAUGUAUUAGUCUUAUUUCCUCAAUUUGAAAAAUAUGUACAAGAAUGGUAAUGGAGGAGUCGGAGAAAUCCCCGAAAACAAGUCGACUGAUUCUUUUGUUUCCUUUUAUACAUUCUGUAAAUAUGUAUGAUUUGUCUAUCAUUUAGGUAUUUUCAUUUGACAGAGAUUUAUAUUCAAAUAUGAAAUAAAAAUGAUAAAUUAUUAGCACA